AUGUUAUUACCGAGUCGCCGAGGUUUAACGAUGGAGAUUAGAUGGGUGCAACAUCCAUACACCCAUGUCCUUAUAUUGUUCAGCCUGUGUCUGGUUUGGGGAAAUCCUACCAGCGCCCCUGGACCAAAACCCAUCACACAACCCUGCAGUAGUUUCUCUGGAACGUUAUGUGAAGAGUGUCUGAGAAAUGUUUCUUGCCUUUGGUGUAUUACCAACAAGACUUGCCUUGAGUAUCCAGUGAGGCACAUUUUCCCUCCAUCUUCAGUGUGUGCAAUGUCAGAUGCUAGAUGGGGAGUAUGUUGGAUAAACUUUGAAGCGUUGAUCAUUGCAAUGGGUGUAGUAGCUGGAGUGAUCAUAUUAAGCAUCACCGUGUGUUGCUGCUAUUGUUGUUACUGCAGGAAGAGUUCAAGUUCAAGAUUAAGACUAGAAGCAGAAGAGGAGACUUUGAUCAGAGAACGUGAAAAAAGAAAGCAAGAUGCACUUCAGAGAAAGACUGAAAGGACUCAAAAGCAUAAUGAGAUCCGUAAGAAAUAUGGUCUCUUACAGGAUAUGGAUCAUCCGUACAGCAAGUAUGAGAAUGACUAAUAACAACCUUGUAAUGAAUGCUGCUUGGUCCUGUAUCCCAGAAGCUUUGGAUUCCUCAAGAAAGAUGUCAUUGUGAUUAACCUAACUAAACGUGUGGAUGUUCCAGUUACUUUCUGUGAUUUCAUUUUUUUUUUCUUUGCCGUGUAGUUUUAAAUCUAAAUCUUCCACUUUCGGUGUACUGCAUUAAAGCAAUAGUCUACAAUAUAUUUUUUAUUGUUUUAAAAGAUAGAAAAUCUCUUUAUUACCCUUUCCCCAGUUUUAAAUGACCAACCUGUUUAUAUUAAUGUACGUUUUACCUUUGUGAUUACCUUGUAUCUAAGCAUCUUCUGACAGACCCCUGAUCACAUGACUUUUUAUUUAUUAUCUAUUGACUUGCAUUUAGUACUGUGUUGUGCUAUAUCUUAAAUAACUCUGUAGGUGUGAACACAUUGUUAUCUUAUAUGGUCCACAUGAACUAGCAGUCUCCUGUUGUGAAAAGCAAAUAAAAAAGCAUGUGAUUUAAGAGGCUGUCGAUAAUGGCUUAGAAACAGUCAGAAAUUUAGAGGUUUAAAUGUUAUAAAGUAUAUUAAUCGAACACUGUAGGUUGUGCAAAGCUGGGGAAUUGGUAAUAAAGACAUUAUCUUUUUA